ACGCAAACAAAACCUUAACGAAACAUGUGAUUGUGAUGUAAACAAACGAAAACUUGGUUGAUUUUGAUUUUACGCAACUUUCCAUGUAAAAUUACAACAAGAAUGUCGUUAGUCACAGUGAAGGAUGCCGCCACGGUGUGGAAAUAUUUGAACGGAGUAAUAAACGUGUACAAACCGGCCGGUCUAACGGUGCAGCAGGUUCGUCACACCAUCAUCGGGAAUCUUUGCAGAGACCUCAACGAACUGCGGGUUCGACCUCCGCUUCAGCGGGUUGCCAUCGCCAGCGGCGCAGAAUCCCGGUUUGUCGUACGCACAGUUGAAGACAUCUCCGACAACGUGCUGGUCGUGGGUCCACGCUAUCAAACGGAGGAUCUCCGGGUUCGCACCUGUACCAACCAUGGCCGCUUGACCAGCGGCGUGCUCGUUCUAGGAAUCAACAAAGGACUCUCCACGGUGUUCCGCAUCCAGCAGAACCGUCCCCUGCGAGUGUACCGCAUAACGGGCUUCCUGGGCAAGGCCACCGAGAGUCACUUUGGCGAUUCGCGUGUCAUCGCCAAGGCCACCGUCGACCACAUCGGAUCGGACAAAAUCUCCCGUCUGCUGGCGUCCAUGCAAGCCUCCCACCAGAAGAAGAUGUUUGAGCUGUGUGGGGUGGACAUGCAGUCGCAGGCCGCGUACGACCUAGCCGUCAAGGGCACCAUCCGUCCCGCCGACAACAGCCAGCCCAUGAUCUACGGCAUCCGGUUGGCCGAAUUCCGGCGGCCCUUCUUCACCAUCGAAAUUCACGCCAUCAACGAAACCGAACCCUACCUGGGUCAGCUCGUUCACGAGAUCGGCCUGGGGCUCAAGUCGGUCGCGCACUGCGUCGCCAUCCGGUGCAUCCGGCACGGGCACUUUGAGCUGGACAAGUCGCUGUUGCGCCACGAUUGGAACCUGCAGUGCGUGCUGGCUGGGAUGGCGAGCUCGCGCCAGUUGCUCCAGGAGCACCCGGAAAUGCUGCACCAGACUAGCACGGAACUGGUUGGUAUUGAGCAGUCAAAUGAGGGGGAGGACGGAGGUCGGCGACGGCGGAGAUCGGCAAGGUUUGCUGCGCAAGACAAAGGAGAAAUUUAUGGAGACGGUGGAAAUACAAAGAUGUGAAAAUGAAUAUUACUUAUAGUA